AUGAAAAAGAUUCAAAAGACCAAAGGAAGAUAUAACGGCAUGUGGUCAUCUCUACAAGGACGGAGUCGUGUUGAAUUCGAGGUCAAUCAUAUUUUGCAAGCCUAUGCUCAAGUGAUUCAUGAAGCAAAUUCCGAAGGAGAAAAGAAAGAGCUUAUCGAGGAUUGUCGAGAAGAUGUGGAGACUUUCAUCAAGAGCGAGACGCCUGAACUUACGCUCGAUGUCACCAAUUUUCUCAAUCAAUUCAUUGAGCUUGAAUGUCAGAUUGAGAAUCUUGCGCCAGCCGAAAGAGAAACCGAACGACGUCGAUUGAUGAUGUGCUUCAUACAAGAUGACGAUCUGCAAUUCAUCUACUCCGAUUCUGAUUCCGACUACGAAAUAACUGAAAGUGAAGAAGAACAAGACGAAGAGUCGGAUUUCGAUGAGAUAGCACCAAAAUGUACCGUCAAAAAAGAUUCGGAGAAAGUGGAUUGCGAGCAAGUUGAUAAGGAAAAUAGAAAAGACGCACGGAAACUAAUGACAAUUAAAGAAAUUGGCGAGUCGGAAAUUGAGCAGAAUAUUAAAGGCAAACCGAAACGCAAGCCUUGUAAGGAGUUGGUAAAAAAUGGCAGUCGUGAUCGUACUGGAUCGGAGCAUAAUGAUAGUCUUGUGGAAGUUUGUCGUGGUGAAAUCGAAAAUUUAGAAAUCGAUCGACAAGAAUUGUCGGAUUCGUAUCAAAUUCUAGUGGAAUCCGAAGACGACGAGACUUAUUAUUGUGAAUUGGCGACGUCUGAAGACGAAGAGCACCUUGGCAAAUCUGAUGCUGAGAAAUAUGAAAUCAAGAAAUCGAAGGAAGUUUGUACAUAUCAAACUUAUGACAUCAGUAAACUUGUUCGUGGUUCUGAAAAUGAAGAUCCUAUGAAAAUUUUCAAAAAAAUUACCAGCGCAUUCAAUGCUCAAUUCACAUUCCCGAUGGCCGAUGACGCUGACCGCAAUCUUGAGAUGAUCUACGAGGAAGUCAAACGAACGCGUCGCGAACUGUUUUUGAGACUUCCUAUGGAGCACGCCGCCCGCUUCACCGUCAAUAUGAUCAUUUAUCGCAGUGUUGAGGUCAUCAUCGAGAAUCGGGAAUCAUCGGUGGAGCUGUUGCGCGCGUGCUUCCGCGACAUCGACGUCUUCCUCAAUCACUUCAAUCCGACGUUUGUGCUCGAUCACAGCGAGCUCAUUCGCAGCUAUCGGCUAUUCAUGCGAUUAGCCGAACAACACACUAAUGAGCCGGCGCUUCUCCGCAAAAUCCGAAUGAACGUGCUGCUUCUGACGAUGUCGGGCGAUUAUUUGUGGGAGGAAUUGGAACGACGGCGAAACAAUGAAAAUUUGAUCAAUCGCGCCGAGAAUCUGCUUCAACAAUACGAACAAAUGGAAAACGUUGAAGAUGAUAUUUAG